AUGCCUUGGACGCUGUUCGGAUUCGAUUUGCACCUAAUUGGGAAUCAAUGGCCGACGUGGAGGGCUUUCCUCCAGGAGUUUGCACAUCAACACUUUGGUGAAAAGGAAACCAUCUAUGGUUACGAUGAUCUGCAGAUUAAUUUGAAUUAUACAGACGCAUCCAUGUUUUUAUAUCCAGAAAUAUCGUUUUCUACUUCUGUAUCUACUGUGGAGAAGGACAUGAAGGAGGACGAUAUCAUGGCUAAACUGAAAGACCAAUUACCCAGUGAUCAAAUGAACAUGAUGGUUGAGUCGAAAGAUGCUUUUCAAGUGCUCCUGUCUAAGCAAAAGAACUUCAAGCCGUUUGGAGAAUUAAUCGCAAAGCUCAACUCUGGUUAG